UUAACAGGCGCAGGGGGUUGGCAGGGUGGGGGGCACCCUCUUUAAGGAGUGCCUGGACCCGUGGGUCUGCCCUAACUAGCUUGCAAGAAUCCAGGCAGCCACUAAGUGGCCAGCAAACAGAAUACAGAAAGCCCUGUAUCCUUGUUCGAUGGUCUGGACUUUGCACCCAGAUGUGGCUUCCCUUCCCUUUGCCUCUUUUUUCUAUUUGAUGUGGUUGUCCGGUGUUGCGUUAAUUUAUUGUCGAUCUCGAGAGUCUAGCAAUAAUACCGUUGUAAAAACAUCUCGAAAUCUCUUCGAUGGCCCAGCGAUCAAUACAAAAGAACCCACUCCGCCCCAAGGAUCACAAAGCAGAAAAGAAGCCGAGACUGAAGGAAUGCGAUAAAGAUCGAAAGAAAGAGGGUUGAAGGCAUUGAACGAAUCUUAAGAGAGGCAAAUGCAUCCUGUGCUUCAUUGAAUAUUUUUAUCUAAGUUAUGAGUACUAUUUUUUUCCCCCUGUAAAAAAAAAGCAGACCAUAAAUCCUAAUAAAGAUGAUAACACGAAGGCAUAUAUAUCCAUUGAGGAAAUAGGCAUUUGGCCAAGAAAGGUCCAGAGUUCAACUAAAUGUUUUUCUCCGUGCAGUAUCUGCUUUGUGUCCAUGGCCAUGUUAGCAAUAAAAGGUGGGAUCUUGUAUCUAGGAUAAGAGUGGGAGGACGAGGACGAGGUGGCUUGGUUCGGGUCUCUGGUUUGGGGGCAGAGAAUCUUAAGUCAGUUUCUAGCUAGAUCCCAGAGAGUUAGGUAGUGCUAAGAUCACGAUGUGUUUAUUGAAACAGUUCCGUUUGCUUUAAUGAGGGAAACCAAGCAGAUGAUUCAACAGAUGGGCUUAUAAAAUGCAUGGCCUAAUAUAUGCAAUUGCUAGUAGAAGCUCACAGAAGUGCCCAACUGAUCAGAAUUUGUUAACGUGAGCUGAUUUGUGCUGGAAAACUUAAUUUUCUGAGAUGGGGGGGGGGGCAAGAGAAAGAUCUCUGCACACCCAUUCAAAUAUAAAAUAUUCUUCAUCGUCAUCACCUUAUUUAUUAUUUAUUUAUUUAUUAUUCGAACUUCUAUACCGCCCUUCUCCUUUCGGACUCAGGGCGGUGAACAGCCAAAAUAAAAAACAUUUAUACAUAAAGUACAAUUAAAAAUAGAUUUAAAAUAAUUAGAUAAAUUUGGCCCAUAGUUUAAAAUUUAUCUCUGUUUUUUCCUGCCUCAUAGAUACAGUAACUAAAAUCUCAAUGUGAUUAUGCCUGGAAUUCACUUUUUGCCCUCAGAAUAAAAGAUGAUGGCGUUUGGGGAGGAGGUGUGGACAGCAGAAAUAGCAGGAGAAAAAGCCUGUAUUUGUGGCUCCUUUUUUCUGGUGCAGAAUCCUAUCUCUAUAAAACCAAGAUAUUUGGGGUAAUUAUCAGGGAUGCUUUAUUUAGCAUUUUCUGGGCCUGAACCAGCUUUCCCUGACUUAAAUCCCAAACAGCUGUUGCAGGAAAAAGGAAGAUUUUUUUUCACAAGGAAACCUUUUUCCCCUCCAAUAAUUUAUGAUGAGUUGAGGAGCAAGUAAGGGUGACCUGAGAACACAAAAUUGGACCAUUUAGCAACAUCUGUCAUUUGACUAGUCCGGCAUUAGUUUAUUCCCAGGGAACCCUGGUUAUAGGAGUCAUAGGAGAUGCUUUGCUAAAUUGGGCCAAGGCAGUGUUGGUUCUUCAUGUGGCCUUGGGGGUCCUUUCCUCCCCUGCCCCCUCUCUUCCCAUGUAUCUCUUAGUUAUACUCUUCAAUUGCAAUAGUCCUUGAUAGACCUCUUCCUUUAAUGUACUCAGUUUCACAUUUUGUGGCAAUGACUUCCACAAAUUAAUGACGUGCUAUCUUGAUAAUCUCCCUGUGCACUUUUUCUGAGUUAUGCAUGGUUUUAUAUCUUUUUUCUGAGAUAUGGAAACCCAAAUAUCGUAAGGAAGACGUUUGAGCCUCCUUUUGGUUUAAUAUGUCACUUAUCACUCAACUUCAUUUCAUUGAUGCAGAAGUUGGCAUGAGUCUGGGAUGAACGCAUGCCUGUUAUCUGAGAAAGGCCUUGAAUGCAGUCCCUUAUGUUCUCACACUACUACAACCUCUUUUAAACGGCAACCCAAAACUCUGCCUGUAUAAUCACACUCCCUACAGAAGUGAAGUUAAUUUUCCUUGAACUAAUAAUGUAUAUGACACUGCCUUGCUUUAUACAACAUGGUUGAGUCUAAACCAAGGUGACAUAAUCCAUACUAUGUAUAUUAUGUACACGUGUAAUACAAUGUUAAGACAAUAGUUGUAUUCCUACAAUAUGCUUGACAGAAAGUAUCCAACAGUAUUUUAGGCUUGUAAUGAUACAUAAGAUACAUAGAUACAUAAUGAGAUCCAUUCACCAAAAAGGAUACAGGUCAGAAACACUUCCUCUUACUAGAGAAUCUCAGCUGACUUCUAUUCCCCUAGAUAUGGGAAAAUCUUGUUGCAGUUUGUAACUAUUUUAAGUGACAAAACAACAAAAAGACAUUUCUUCAAAAUUCAAAAUUGAAACUGAUCAGAAUAAGCUGAGGAGCACAAUGUCUCAAGAAUGAUCUUCUGAACAUUGAAUAUCAAAAUUAAGACAGCUGCUAGGCUUAACCUUAAAUAAGCAGGCAUCCUUCAGCCUAUACUAGUUUUGUGUUCCUAGGAUCAGUUUGUGAGCCAAACUGAAGAUAGAAAAUGCCUAAGCGAAAGUGCGUCUUUACUGACAAACUGAAGCAGAAAUAUCCUCAUUUUCGCAAAGGAAGAGAUGACUAUGAAGCAGAGUGUUUGGUCUGCAAAGCUGGCACGUUUGUGUCAGUUGCACAUAAAGGUGCCAGUGAUCUGGAGUACCACAUGUCCUCUGAAAAGCACAAGAAAGCCCUCGGAGGAGACAGCUGGUCUGCAAAACUGACCGAAUUUUUGGGGACUCCAGGCACAAAAGCCGAGGAUGCUCUUGCUGCAGCGGACAGCACGCUACCCUUGCACACCAUCCCAAGUUGCAACAGCUACAAAUCAACAGGCCGCACGUCUGACUUGUUCAGAAAAAUAUUUCCUGACGCAGAGAUAGCGCAAAAAUUUUCCAACACCCGGAGCAGGACAGAAAGUCUUGAGAACUCUGUGCUUGCCCAGCAUGCAGUGAGCCUCGACCUGAAGGCCCUGGAGGAACACGGCAUCCCUUUCUGCGGGGUGGCUAUAGAUGACAGCAGCCACAGGGCCCUGAAAAUGGUCCCUGUCCUCAUCCAGUAUUAUGACUACAGGAACGGCGGCUUGAAGACCAAACUCCUGGAACUUCAGGAAAGUCCCACCGAGAUGGACGUUUCGGACUCUCUUGUCAAAGCUCUUAAGAAACACAGAUUGCUUCAGAAGUGCGUGGCCUUCGCGGGGGACAACUGCAACACCAUGUUUGGUGAACUUCGGCAAGACGAGGAGGCGCGGACUGUGUUGGCCAAGCUGAAGAAAUCCCUCCAGAGAGAGACGUUGAUUGGGGUGUACUGCCCUGCCCACAUUCUGCACAACUGCAUCCACCACGGAGCAGACGCCCUGGAGGUGGACGUUGAGAACAUCAUCCUAAAGAUCUACCAGUACUUCCACAUCUACGCGGUGCGGACGGAGCCCCUGCACGAAUACUGCGAGUUUGUGGAGGUGGAAUACAAGCGGCUGCUCUCCCACAGCAGGACCCGCUGGCUGUCCUUGUUCCCCGGCAUCACGAAGCUGCUCCAGAUGCACUCGGCCCUGAAGUCCUUCUUCUUGGGCCAGAGCAACCCGCCCGCCGUGCUCAAGAGCUUCUUCGAGCACGAGUUUGGCGAGCUCUACCUCUGGCACAUGCACUCGCUGAUGAACGCCUUCCAUUUGCACAUCGAAGAGAUGGAGCGGGAAAAUAACUCCCUGGUAGAGGUGAUGAAGACGCUGGACUCCGUGCACACCAUCCUGCUUGACCGUAGAGCCCAGAACUUCAUGUCAUUGACAGUGAAGGGGAUGCUUUCAGACAAGCGCAAGGAGGGGCUGGAGGCGGGAUGCGACGCCUUCUCCGAUGCCGUGCGUCGCCUCUACAGUAACUGCAUCGACUACCUGGAGAUGUGGAUGGCGUCCCUGCAAGAGUUUUCCUGCUUCGCCUGGAUGGCCCUGAGUGACACACCGAGCUGGAGUGACGUGGAAGCAUGUAUAACAUAUUUGAUUGAGAAAGGCAUAGAGAUUGAUGACAUCAGGUGUUUUGACCAGUUCAACAACCUGAAAAAAUUUGUGGAAGCUUCCAGCGAUGAAGAAGAAUUCCAGCAUCUGCUUUCACAUCAAAAGUGGACCAAAUACUUCCUGAAGGCUAAAGCCAUCGAAUGCUAUUCAGAACUCUUAAAAAUUGCACAGUUCUUCUUCGCGAUCCCCUCCCACAGUGUAAAUAUGGAAUGGAGCACUUCUUUUCAUUGAUAAAAGACCUGCGGGUCAAGGAAAGGACCUGUUCGAACAGCCUACCAUUUAAUUUUAAAAAUAACUGUUGGAAACAUUUUUGUGCAUGCUUUGCUCUAAAGAGACAUGCACCUACAUGCCAUAGGAAGAGACAGAAAAAGGCAAUGUGUCUUUUGGGGGUGUACCAUCUAUGCACAGUAGAGCUUUAGGGCAGCAGCCCCCCAUCUUUUUGGGUGUCAGCGUUCCAAGUAACCUGAAGUGAACAUGGCUGAGGCCAUCUUGGAGGGUUCAGGGUUGCCAUUGGGCACCAGGGACCAAUUCCACGGAGAAUGGUUUUUCUGUGGACUGAAGGGGGAAUGAUUUCACAUGCCUGCCUGCAUCCCGCGGAUGGGGCUUUGCUUGUUUGCAUGGCCCAGUUUCUGGCAUGCCACAGACUAGUGCCAUUCCAUGGACAGGGGGGGCUGAAGAUUCCUGCUUUAGAGUAUCAUCUAUAAUUAGAAGUGUCAGUGACUGUUGUUCUGUUUUUGUCAUUAGUCGUGGCCUUUAACCUCAUUACUGAUUCAGAAAUCUUUUCAUUGAACCAGGUUUGGGAUUGAUUGCAAAAUUGAAGGGAGAAAUUCUUUUUUUGAAGUUUUUUUUUUUUUUACUUUCGAAGGCAGUUUUGCGAUGUCACGAAGUUGGCAGGCUCACAGAGUAAGCACAGAGCAAGAUGUUCUGCAAUCUGUGAUUUUCUGCCUGAGCUCUGCUGUAAAGGUUUAAUAACAUCUGAAAAGCAGCAAUCUUUUAAGGAGCUGAGACUUCAAUCCGUUUCCAAGCUAGAGCAUUUAACCACUGAAAAGCUAACCCUCUUUCAUUGCUUAAUAGCUGCACCGAUGGAUAAAAAAAGCCCUUUCUUUACGUUAUUUUACCAAUUAGUGCUUCUUUGAAAAAAGACUUUGAAGGGGCUUUAAGGCAAAAAAAAUCCCCUUAUUUCCCCCCUCCCCCUUCUUUUUGCCCUUGGAGAAAUUGGGUAUGUCUAGUUUAAUGAAAAGAAGGACUAGGGGAGAGAUGAUAGCAAAGUUCCAAUAACUCAGGGGCUGCCACAGAGAAGAGGGAGUCAACUUAUUCUCCAAAGCACCUGAAAGCAGGACAAGAAGCAAUGGGUGGAAACGAAUCAAGGAGAGAAGCAACUUAGAACUAAGGAGAAAUUUCCUGACAGUUAGAACAAUUAACCAGUGGAACAACUUGCCUCCAGAAAUUGUAAAUGCUCCAACACUGGAAGUUUUCAAGAAGAGAUUGGAUAACCAUUUGAAAUUGUAUAGGGUUUCCUGCCUGAGUAGGGGGGUUGGACUAGAAGACCUCCAAGGUCCCUUCCAACUCUGUUAUUCUAUUCUAUUCUAAAUCUGGCAAAGGCAACAGCCACAUCUGGCUUAGAAAGAGAGCUUCUGGUUUAUGAGCUAAGUAACUUGCCAGAAGUUAUAGAAGACUUCUCAUUCAAAGAACAUCAGCAGCUAAGCUGAGCAGGACAAAACAGAGACUACGGAUCUGAUCAGUGCCACCAAGGCACUGAUCUUUUUAGAAAUCCAUCAAGCCCAGAGAGAAGAUUCCCAGUGCCAUAUAAUGGACCCUGUAUUAUUAAGACUCUUUAAUAAAAUGACACAGUACUCAACCACAGUAUCAGGCCUGGGCUCAACUAUUUCUGUGGUGCAGGACCGAUUAUGCUGCCUGGAAGCUAGCAGAGGUCAUUUAAACGGUAGUCAAAUCCUCAAAAUGAAUCAGAAAAGUGGUAAGAAGUGCAACUUUCCAAAAAGGAAAGAAAGAGAAAAGUGGGCAUUGUUAUUUUUUUAAAAGUGACCCUUUAUACACCAAAUUAGUAAAGUAGUGUAAAUACAGGUAGUCCUCUAUUUACGACAAUGAAGCCCAAAAUUUAUGUUAAGCCAGACUUUGUUAAGUGAGUUUUGCCCCAUUUUAUGACCUUCCUUACUACUGUUGUUAAGUGAAUCACUAUGGUUGUUAAGUUAGUAACAAGUUUGUUGAAUUUUAUCAGGCUUCCCCAUUGACUUUGCUUGCAAAAAGUCGCAAAAGGGGAUCACAUGACCCCAGGACAUUGCAAAGGUCAUAAACUGGAACCAGUUGCCAAGUGUCUGAAUUUUGAUCAUAUGAUCAUGGGGAUGCUGCAAAGGUCGUAACUGAAAAACGGUCAAGUCAUUUAUUUUCAGUGCUGUUGUAACUUUGAACAGUCACUAAAUGAAUUGCUGUAAGUUGAGGACUACCUAUGUAGAUUUAAAUAAAAUAAGCACAUUACAAAAUCAUUCACAAUUAAAUAUUUGAAUUUAAAGUGCUGAAGUCCCCAUUCCUUGCUUCUCCACAGAUAUUAAUAUUCAUAGAUACUAAAAUCUGUGAAAUGUAGAGAUGUAUGUUCCUAACUUAAAAUAGCAAAAUUGGAAUUAAUGCCUUGGAAGGUGGGAAAACUUAGAGGCAAAUACAUUUUAAAAAUGAAAUUAUAACUAUGGUCAUCAACAGUUAAUUGGAGUUAUAUUACAUGCUUGGAGAAAAUAACAAAUGGAACAUUUUGCUGAU